AUGGCAGGUGCUGACCAAUAUGAUGUGGACUUCCUAACAGGUCGCCUCGCUCCUGCCGUUAAGUCAUUCCUUGCUAUGGGCACAUCGUUCGGGUUAUCCUCUUCAUUGCCGUGGCGGUCAUGGCUCCAAGGCUGGGACUCGACAACACCCACCAUCACAGGCUGGCUGCAACACAUCCUGCCAAAGGCUGCGGCUCAAUCAAUGCAAGGACGAUGGGAGGCCAGAACGGCUGCUCCUGAUGGCUCGUUCGUUUGCAACCAAGCUGGCGACACAUGGCAACCGAUUUGCUUGCAGGCGGAAAUCCUUGGGAACACAUGCCAUCUGGACAUGAGUGUACUUUUCUCAGAAUGGCGUACACAUGGGGCUCGUUGUGCACUUGUCCAGGCUCCUGAUAUCCUUUGUGUUGUUUCCCCGAGGUGGCUCUGCAGUACAUCGGGUGAGUGGCGAUUGAUCAACCAGGGCAAAACACCUACAACAGUUCAUAUCCCAUGUUUCCAUGCGGAGAGUGUUGCAACUUACAACAUACCGUAUCAGCUCAUGUCUGUGGUUAUGCACGGUGCAUCUGGUGAUCCUUUCGGUGCUCGUUACUGGGCGAGCUCAAAGAAGACUGGAUGGCAUGCACAUACCAAUGGUAAGAUUGCCAAGCCUGUCAAACUGAGUGAUACAACCCUUUAUGCUCGUGAUUGUGAUGCAGUCUUUCUUUGCAGAGUCGAGGAGAGCGUUCUACUCAAGACUGAGCGCUGCGAGAGAAGGAAAAGUUUGAUCAACGAUACGGUCACAGUCUCUGAAAAGCCCAUCACGCACUCUAUCGACGAAAUCGCUUUGUUGAUAAAUACACUUUCCAGUGCUGCUCGAAAGAAGAACUUGAAUGCAUUGUACGGGAAAACAGCGGAUCUGAAGGGAGCUUACAGACAACUGGCGGUGUCUGACACGAGCUUAGAUUUUUCUUACCUUGCGGUCUACGACCCGGCGGAGGAGAAGCCCAAGUUGUUCCAACAACUAGCUGUGCCUUUCGGCUCCACCAAGGCCGUGUACUUUUUCCUCAGAGUAGCAAGGGCGCUUUGGACUAUCUUGGUCAAAGGGGCCAAAAUCCCAACCACGAAUUAUUUUGACGAUUUUGUUCUGCUCGCUCUUGGAGGAGAUAGGAGUUCGUGUUCACACGCUUUCGAUGAAGUUAUGAAGCUGCUAGGUUGGAAGCUGUCAGCUGAUAAAACGACGGAGUGGAACACAAGCUUCGAGGCCCUCGGCGUUCUUUUCGAGCUUGACCAGACGGGGUCCGGAGUGCUGAAGGUCAAGAACACUGAGAAACGACGCAAGGAACUCACGGGUGCGAUCAAAGGUUUUCUGGACAAGGGAACCAUGACUCAGAAGGAAGCUCUACAACUGCGGGGUAGGCUGCAGUUUGCUCAAGCCCAGUUUUUCGGUAGGCUGGGAAGAAGGUGCCUGACGGAGGUGACAAAGCAUGCCUACACUGGCAGGUCAAAGCUUUCGUCGAUGGCCAAGGAACGACUUGAAGAGUUUGGUAAGUUCCUUGACAUGGCCCAACCGAGGCUAGUGGGGCAAGUUUCAUGCAGGACUUUUAUGAUCCUUACCGAUGCGGCGUUUGAAACGGAGUCAGGAACUGGAGGACUAGGGGGCGUCCUUCUCACCGGGUCAGGUUCGGCACUCUCUUUCUUCAGCGUGCCGAUCUCAGAGCAGCAAGCCAAGUCUAUGUCGUUGCAGGAUGAGCAUACCAUCAUAUACGAACUAGAGAUGUUCGGGGUCUUGAUCGGUCUCAAGCUCUUGGUCGAAAAAACGGCUGCUUUCGCAGAAUCAUACGAACAGCCAGGUGCUGUUGCUGGGACUGGAGUGAUUUGCUAUAUCGAUAAUGAUGCUGCGAGACAUGCAUACAUCGCCGGCUCUUCGAAGAAAGGGGUCGCGGGGAUUCUUAUCGAUGAAGUCAAUUUCCUGGAGUAUGUCCACGGCAUCUUGCCGUGGUAUGCGAGAGUGGCAUCACCUGCUAAUCUGGCAGAUGAACCAUCGAGGAUGAAACUUGAUAGAGUCAAGAGACUAGGAUUCAAAGACGAGUCUGUCGAGGCGACCAAAGCGGUGUUAUCGAUUGUGAAGAGAGCUUCGAAUCUGCCUGCUUAA